CCCUUGAGCCGGGCGCCGGAGGCGGUGCUGUUGGAAGCAGUGCGGGGCGCGUGGAGCCGAGCAGGAUAUUGGGAGAAUUCAGGAAAAUAAUGCAAAAGUGCCCAGUACAGAGCCUGGCACUCAGCGGGCGUUCAGCAAAGUGGAUCGGAUCUGGAUGAACCCAGAAGAGGAUUGAGGCAACUUGGAGGAAGGCGGCUGCGGGCCAGCCUGUCCCGGAUGAAAGGCCUCAGUGUCUGGGCUUUCACCCCUCCUCCACCGUCUCUGCCCGCAGAGUUUGUUCAGGGCGGUGGUGCACACCUGGCAGUGGAAUCUGGGGCAAACGCCACGUCUACACCAUCCCGCUCAGUGCCGCCUAGCGUUGGACGGUAUCCUUAGCCUCAAGCCGAGAGUGGCAUGGGCAGAGGCUGAACCAGCCUGGCUGACCUGGGGUGGGGCCCACUCCAGGACUGCAGGGCUAACAGCCCCCAGAGCUGGCCUCAAGGACUUCACCCUGAGGCCAACUGCUGUAUUUCCUGCUUCCUCCCAGUUGAUGGUGGGAGAGAGAGUCAGGAGCUACUUACAGCAUGACGUUUUAGUCACUGAACCAAGGAGCCAGUUUAUACCUAGGGAUGGUAGAGGGACUGGGAAGGUCCGAGUCUGUACAGACAGAUCCCCCUCCUGAGCUCUUGGAGUUCCGAUGCUGCUGCCUUGUUUCCUUCUGUCCAGAACUGUCUGGUCUCCACACACCUUAGGGAAGGCAGUGUGGAGGCUCAGGUUCUAUCUUCCCAGCCCUGGUCAAAUUAGGAUUAGGAAUUAGGGCGCCUGUGCAUCAACCUCCCCACCUGCACCAUGUGGCAGCUUUUUAAAAUCAUCUCAUUUAACUCUCACACUACCAUGAGAUAUCUGUACAUUUAUAAACUCCAUCUCAUAGAAAUGGAAACCAUGGCCAAGAGAGAACUGGUCUCUAAGGCCUAAGGCCAGAAAGUGAUGGUAUCCAGACUUGGCCCAGGGCUGACUCUGGACCCACCCUAUUACCUAGGACACACCACUGCCUCCCUCCAACCCCAGACUCUCACUGGAAGAAGACGCUGAGCGGGUAGUCUCUGUCCUGCACCAGGCACGAUGGCAGAGAAAGUGCUGGUAACAGGUGGGGCUGGCUACAUUGGCAGCCACACUGUGCUGGAGCUGCUGGAAGCAGGCUAUUCCCCCGUGGUCAUCGAUAAUUUCCAUAACGCCAUUCGUGGAGGGAGCUCCAUGCCGGAGAGCCUGCGGCGGGUUCAGGAGCUGACAGGCCGCUCUGUGGAGUUUGAGGAGAUGGACAUCUUAGAUCAGGCAGCCCUACAGCAUCUCUUUAAGAAGUACCACUUCGUGGCAGUCAUCCACUUUGCCGGGCUCAAGGCUGUGGGCGAGUCGGUGCAGAAGCCUCUGGAUUAUUACAGGGUUAACCUGACAGGAACCAUUCAGCUUCUGGAGAUCAUGAGGGCCCAUGGGGUGAAGAACCUGGUGUUCAGCAGCUCGGCCACUGUGUACGGGAACCCCCAGUACCUGCCCCUGGACGAGGCCCACCCAACGGGUGGCUGUACCAACCCCUACGGCAAGUCCAAGUUCUUCAUUGAGGAAAUGAUCCGGGACCUGUGCCAGGCCGACAAGGCCUGGAACGCAGUGCUGCUGCGAUACUUCAACCCCAUAGGCGCCCAUGCCUCAGGCUGCAUCGGUGAGGAUCCCCAGGGCAUCCCCAAUAACCUCAUGCCCUAUGUCUCCCAGGUGGCGAUCGGGCGACGAGAGGCACUGAAUGUCUUUGGCAAUGACUAUGACACGGAGGAUGGCACAGGCGUCCGGGAUUAUAUCCAUGUCGUGGACCUAGCCAAGGGCCACAUCGCAGCCUUGCGGAAGCUGAAGGAGCAGUGUGGCUGCCGGAUCUACAACCUGGGCACGGGCACGGGCUAUUCGGUGCUCCAGAUGGUCCGGGCCAUGGAGAAGGCCUCCGGGAAGAAGAUCCCAUACAAGGUGGUGGCACGGCGGGAAGGAGAUGUGGCUGCCUGUUAUGCCAACCCCAGCCUGGCUCUCAAGGAGCUGGGCUGGACAGCAGCCUUAGGGCUGGACAGGAUGUGUGAAGAUCUAUGGCGCUGGCAGAAGCAGAAUCCUUCAGGCUUUGGCGCACAGGCCUGAGAUCCUCUGGGGCCAGAAAAGGAAGAGAAACAAAUGCCUGCUCUCCAGCCUUCGGCACGAACCCUGGGGCCUCAGAGCCUCCCCUACCUCAGACCCCAGCUGGGCCCACUUGGCCCACCAGGCAAGAGGCCAAGGGCCCCACUGACCAGGUAUCAGGGGUCUCUAUUCCACAGGGUGUAGGAACCCAUGAGGACAGGACCCCCAAGAGCGAGUGGGGGAAGCAGGACCCUGAGACACAGAACACCCUCCUCCCAGGCGCUAACUCAGACCGCUCUGCAGGAGCUUUCCAAAGUAUUUACAAUAAAACCCCUGCUGACACUGGA